ACCCUCUCGCCUUCCAUCCCAGCUGCACGUCCCUUCGGGACUCUUCAGCAUGGAGCUGGUCAACAGGACAGCAGUGUCUGAGUUCUUUCUGAAAGGGUUUUCUGGCUACCCAGCCCUGGAGCACCUGCUCUUCCCUCUGUGCUCGGCCAUGUACCUGGUGACCCUGCUGGGGAACUCAGCCAUCGUGGCGGUGAGCAUGCUAGACGCCCACCUGCACACGCCCAUGUACUUCUUCCUGAGCAACCUCUCCAUCCUGGACAUCUGCUACACAUCCACCUUCGUGCCCCUGAUGCUGGUCCACCUCCUGUCAUCCCGGAAGACCAUCUCCUUCACUGGCUGUGCCGUCCAGAUGUGCCUGAGCCUGGCCACGGGCUCCACGGAGUGCCUGCUGCUGGCCAUCAUGGCCUAUGACCGCUACCUGGCCAUCUGCCAGCCACUCAGGUACCCCGUGCUCAUGAGCCACCAGCUCUGCUUACUGCUGGCGGGCGGCGCCUGGGUCCUCUGCCUCCUCAAGUCGGCCACGGAGACAGUCAUUGCCAUGAGGCUGCCCUUCUGUGGCCACCGCGUGGUCAGUCACUUCACCUGCGAGAUCCUGGCAGUGCUAAAGCUGGCAUGUGGUGCCACCUCAGUCAGCGAGACCUUCCUGCUGGUGGGCGCCAUCCUGCUGCUGCCCGUGCCCCUGACAUUCAUCUGCCUGUCCUACACGCUUAUCCUGGCCACCAUCCUGAGGGUGCCCUCGGCUGCCGGGCGCCGCAAAGCUUUCUCCACCUGCUCAGCGCACCUGGCCGUGGUGCUGCUUUUCUACAGCACCGUGAUCUUCAUGUACAUGAAGCCCAAGAGCAAGGAGGCCCACAUCUCUGAGGAAGUCUUCACCGUGCUCUACGCCGUGGUCACGCCCAUGCUGAACCCCGUCAUCUACAGCCUGAGGAACAAGGAGGUGAAGGAGGCUGCCAGGAAGGUGUGGGGCAGGGCACAGGCCUGCAGGUGAGGGAGGGCGGGACUCUGCACUGGCGGCCUCCGGUUAGGUGAGGCUGGCACGUGCCAAGGCCCGU